AUGUCGCUAUCGGAUUCCGAAACCUCCUAUGGCGGUGGCGGUGGAUCGGAUUACAAGCCUUUUCGUCAUAUCAGCCGCGAUAGAUUAUUAUAUGAAAUGCUUAGAUCAGCCAAGUCAGGGGAUUCAAAAGCAUGGAAGGUGCUCAUAAUGGACAAAGUUACGGUGAAAGUUAUGUCACAUUCAUGUAAAAUGGCAGAUAUUACAGACCAAGAAGUUUCUUUGGUGGAAGACCUUUUCCGGAGAAGGCAACCGUUACCAUCAUUGGAUGCUGUUUAUUUCAUCCAGCCUUCAAAAGAGAAUGUGGUCAUGUUCUUGUCUGAUAUGUCUGGAAGGGAGCCGCUGUACAAGAAAGCCUAUAUAUUUUUCAGCUCACCAAUCCCAAAAGAACUUGUAAACCACAUUAAAUGUGAUACAAGUGUCUUACCACGCAUAGGUGCAUUGAGAGAGAUGAAUUUGGAAUACUUUCCAAUAGAUAGCCAGGGGUUUAUCACUGAUCAAGACACAGCACUGCAAGAACUUUAUGGAAAUGUUGACAAUGUUCGUAGAUUAAAUAGCUACUUGAAUAAUAUGGCAAUUCGAAUAGCUACAGUUUUUGCUUCAAUGAAGGAGUUACCGCAUGUAUACUAUCGUUCGGCAAAGGAAAGUGACGAGUCUGCAACAACAGUAAGUCGUGAAUUAGUUCCUACCAAGCUUGCUGAUGCAGUUUGGGACAUGGUUUCUAAAUAUAAAUCUACUAUUCCCAACUUUCCACAAAGUGAAACAUGUGACCUACUCAUUGUUGAUAGAUCCAUUGAUCAGAUUGCUCCUGUCAUUCAUGAAUGGACCUAUGAUGCUAUGUGCCAUGAUUUGUUGGAUAUGGAUGGAAAUAAAUACAUACAUGAGGUUGCCAGCAAAACAGGGGGUCCACCUGAGAAAAAGGAGGUUGUUCUAGAAGAACAUGAUUCAGUCUGGCUCGAACUUCGCCAUUCACAUAUAGCAGAUGCUAGUGAGAGAUUGCAUGAAAAGUUUACCAACUUUGUAUCAAAGAACAAAGCAGCACAACUCCAACAAAGUGGAAGAGAUGGUAGUGAAAUAUCUACGCGGGAUUUGCAAAAAAUGGUUCAAGCUUUGCCCCAAUACACUGAGCAAGUAGAAAAGAUUUCACUCCAUGUAGAGAUAGCUGGAAAGAUCAACAAAAUCAUCAGAGACACAGAUCUUCGAGAGCUUGGACAGUUGGAGCAAGAUCUUGUUUUUGGGGAUGCUGCAGCCAAGGAUGUUAUUAACUUUUUAAGAACAAAGCAGAAUACAACUCCUGAAUAUAAGUUGCGGUUGUUGAUGAUCUAUGCAUCUGUCUACCCUGAAAAGUUUGAGGGUGAUAAAGCUGUAAAGCUAAUGCAGUUGGCAAAACUAUCACCCGAUGACAUGAAAGUUAUCAGUAAUAUGCAACUGCUGGCGGGAUCAUCAAAAAAGAAGGCAUCUGAUGCUGGUGCUUUCUCACUGAAGUUCAGUAACCAGAAGACAACGCAAGCAGCACGCAAAGAUCGUACUAACGAAGAGGAAGAAACAUGGUCACUGUUUCGAUUUUAUCCUGUUAUAGAGGAACUCAUUGAAAGUCUUAAUAAGGGUGAACUGCCAAAGAGUGAAUAUGCAUGUAAAAAUGGACCAAUUCCCGUUCCCAAAGGAAACUCUGCUCGAAAUAGCAAGAGCACUCAGACAACUCCAGCUCCAACAGCCCCUCCUCAUUCAAUGAGAUCUAGGCGGACAGCCAACUGGGCUAAGUCACGUACUUCUGACGAUGGUUAUUCAAGUGACUCCACGUUAAAGAACGUAGCUGCUGAUUUCAAGAAGAUGGGAAAGAGAAUCUUUGUGUUUAUUAUUGGCGGGGCUACUCGAUCUGAGCUACGUGUUUGUCACAAACUGACAACAAAACUAAGAAGAGAAGUAAUCCUAGGCACUACCUCCAUGGAUGAUCCUCCAUACUAUCUUACGAAAUUGAAGUUAUUAUGCGACAGUAAAUUAACUCUCGCACCGGACGGCCUUGGAAUAUGA